CACGCUGUCCAUUCGUGUUGGGCCUCUCUUUGCAAACAAGGAGAAAGGAGGGAGCCGACUAUAAAAGAGGGAUCGUCGUCUGCUGGCUGCUGGAGAUUCUCCGUCGUUUCUCAGGGACGAGCCAUGAAGGUUCUGGUGCUUGCCUUGGCGCUCUCUUGCCUAGUCGCCACCGUCGUAGCGGGUGGUUUCCACCACUACGGAGGUGGUUACGGAGGUGGCUUCGGAGGUGGCUUCGGAGGAGGCUUCGGGGGAGGCUAUGGUGGUGGAUAUGGAGGCCACGGUCACGGAGGCCAUGGCUUCGGAUCCAGUGGUCUCUUCUUUGUGAAGGGACCUGGUGGAUACGGCCACGGUUUCCACGGCCUCGAGGCUGUCAAGGGUCCCACGUACUUUGUAAGCACAGAACAGUACGUUAAGAAGAUUCACCCUGGACUCGCCAUCGUUGGCAAGCACCACCACUAGCAUCACUGUAUGACUCAUCUCGCGAUCUUGAAAGUCAGCGUGCCCGCAUCACACCCUGAGUGAAUCUUGUUGAGCGUAUGGAGCACAUGGCAGAGUACUGAGGUUGCAUUAACUUGUUUGUUUGCCUUUUCAUUCUAACACAUAAACCAAACCGCUCUGGAUUUAGUCGUUGCCAGCACCAGUUAUAACUUAAUCAUUGUUUCAUGAUCAUUGUAUGUAACAUUUUUAGAUGAUUCGACACUGUUGUAAAUAGUUUCGUUAUUAAAAGGAAACUGUUGUUAUAACAACCA